AUGCCGAACCAGGGCCACCAAAUUCUCGUUGGCCUCUUCUUGGCCCUAUUGGUCGCCGCUGAGGCUUCAACCAUCUUUAAGAAGAGCGAAAUCGCGCCCUCGUUGGCGUUGCAGAGAUAUUUGGACAUUCAGGAGACGAUCAAUCGUUUGGCCGAAGCGAAUCGGGCGGUUCGAUGCCGAGUUCCAGGAACGACCUACAACAAGCAGAAGCGUUACAUCGGGCCGGCCCGUCGCCUUGAAGAGCUGAUCGCUCCGUUUAGCAUAGAAAACCACUACUCUUCUAUGCCCCAACCGUCCCAACCGCAGCUCCAGGAUUUCUACUAUGUCGACUGC